UUUCUUCAGGGUGAGAGGAGCAAAUGAACUGGUGCCUAUAGUGGAAGUACAUUUCAGCUUUAACUGAACUGACAUGUUCUGCCUUUAUGUUUGGUGAUGGUUGCAUCGGCGUCAGCAGCAAAGCGAGCAGGAUUUACCUCCAUGGCCUGGAUUUAGGACCGCUGCUGAGCAUCAUCACCACCCCACGGUACUGGACCCCCGCCCCCACCAGCCCGUAAACGGAUGGCAGUUUCAGCUGGGCGACUGUAGGCAUCUUUCCAUCUUAAACAGAUUCCAGGGCACGCAGGAAUAUUUUUCAGAUCUCCAGGAAUCAGGUGAUGUGUGGAGCUUUCUGAAUCGCGGUGUCUCAGGCGGUGAUGCGAGUGUGUAUCCGGAGCUGUCUGUGGUGCUGAGCACAAGCCGCGAUCGGAGAGAGCAUGGCGGCCGGGAAGCUGCUGCUCUAUGCCGGUCUCUCUCUGUCCCUGUGCGCGCUCGGCAUGCUUGCCGUGGCUGUCUGCUCCGAUCACUGGUACGAGACGGACGCCCGACGCUACCGGGAGCGCUGCCGAAACUUCUCCAGCCGUCGUAAGGACCCGGGAUUCAUCUACAUCCCCAAUAACAGCCUACCCCUGCGCGCCAGCCGCUCCCGACUCGAUCGCUGGGAAGGAAAACUGCUGGUAACACGCAAUCGGAGGCAGCUUUUCGCCAUGAGCGCCACGGACGAGUGCAGCCGCCAGUACAACUCCACCAACAUGGGCCUGUGGAGCAAAUGCCACAGGCUCGGCUUUGACAAGGACAUCGAGGACCUCAUCCGAAAAGGUGUCAUCGCAAGAUGCUCCUACAUCAAGUACCACUACUCCUCAGGCACAAUACCCAAGAACCUGUCCUACAACAUCACCAAGACCAUCCGGCAAGAUGAGUGGCACUCUUUGCACCUACGCAGGAUGACAGCAGGAUUCAUGGGCAUGGCUGUGGCCAUCAUACUGUUCGGCUGGAUCAUCGGCAUGCUUGGCUGCUGCUGGGACCGCGGCCUCAUGCAGUAUGUGGCAGGUCUGCUCUUCCUAAUGGGCGGCACCUUUUGCAUAAUCUCGCUGUGCACCUGUGUAGCAGGGAUUAAUUUCGAGCUCUCACGCUACCCACGCUACCUGUACAGUCUCCCUGACGACAUCAGUCAUGGGUACGGCUGGUCCAUGUUCUGUGCCUGGGGUGGUCUGGGACUGUCACUCAUUGCUGGCUUCUUCUGUACACUGGCUCCCUCCGUUCAGCCUAUCCCACGCUCCACCUGCCCUAAAUCCCGGCAAGAAAAUGGCACUGUUUGUUAAGCACCAUAGAGCAGGGGGCCAAAAAGCCAUCAUUUCAUGCAGCUAAACAGAAA